UACAUAUACACUGAUACGUACACGCCUUCUGCGUUUAAUUAUGACAGGCUAAUUCUGGGGCCGGGGAGAGGGCGCCCGCUCUUGUAGCUGCCCCACUGGCCCGCAUUAUUGAAAGUCAAUAAACAUGGCGACUAUAGCAAACCUUCAGCGAGUACACGCGCCGGAGCUUAUCAAGGAGUACUUCUCGAAGUGCAGGCUUGCGGAGGAACGGAGAGAGGUGGAGGGCAAGGCAGUUGUGAAAAUUCAAGCGUAUGCACGCGGCUUCCUAGUGCGCAGACGGCUGCAGCGGUUAGAAGGCACGGUGCUGACAAUACAGCGGUACUGGAGGGGGUAUUUAGGCCGACUGCGGAGUAAACUAGCGUUGGAAGCGUACAACCGGACGCUGCGCAAGGCGUACUUCAACGCCAUGGCCACCAUCAUUCAACGCUGGUGGCGCGGCUUCUACAGCCGGAAACACAUACACGACUUCUAUGCACGCAAGCGGUACCUGCAGCAGGUCAGGGAGCGCAACCACCAGGUCCGCGCGGAGCUCAGCCUCGAGGCGGAGCGGGCCAUCAUCAUGCAGCGGCAGGAAGCGGAGGAACGCGCCCGCAAACUCUUCGCAGACAAGCUCAGCAAGCUGCACCACCUGGUUUCCACGUCCGUACAGCCGGGCAUCUUCAACUCGCCGUACAGCAUCGCGACCGGCACGCUACCUGUCAUCAUGGGCCUCCCAGUCGAGGACCACCUCAAAUCCGCCGUCAAGGCGCAGCUAGCGGCGCUAGGGCAGCCGCACGGCGGCGGCAACAGCGCUGGUGCUGCCAGCGGCGGCGGCGGCAGCCUCGCCGGCAGUGGCAGGCUGCCGCCGCUCAUGGGCGGUAGUGGCAGGUUACCGCAGUCGGCUGGCGGCGGUAGCCGCAGUCGCUCGGGUUCGGGAAGACGAAGCGGCGCGGGUGGCGACGGCAGCGGCCCGACGCCUGUGUAUGCGGCGACGGCGGAGGUGGCGGGUCGUACAGUGCCUGCACGGCACACGCUGCGUCAGGCUGCGGACUAUGAGGCAGUGCACCGGGAAGCGCUGCUGGAGGAGAAAGUGCACCGUGGGGAGAUGCUCUCGCACCACCCGCAGGCCUUCACCACUGCUCUGGGUGCUGUCAAAGCGCCCUUCUUCGACCUGCAAUCCAACCGCAACCUGCUGCCGUACGGCGACCCGUACGACCCAACUGUCGGGCUGCGUGGGCCGCGAUUCACGCCCGAUCAGCAGGCCAUCAGCAAAAACGCGUUUAGCCGCUACCUCAAACGUGUGCCCAUGUUUGAUAAAAACAUGGCAGCGGAGGCCUACUAGCGCAUGUCUGCCGCAGCGGUAGCAGCAGCGGCAGCAGAGGCGUGGUUUCAGCGGCUGCAUUAGGGAAUGCUGCUGUCCUGGCAGGACUGGUUGGAUGCGAGUUGACAGCAGCAGUAUGGGAGGGGAGUCGCAGCAGCCAUGGAGGAGCAGUCGCACUGCUGGCGUGGCACUGCAGGGCUCGGAGCUUGGAGCCCGUGAGCAGCUGUGGAGCAGCGCAAAGCCAGGCGUAAAAGACUCCCGUGCUUGAAGAGGCCACGAAGCUGGGGUGCACCAGCUUGGCGCAAAGACCUUUCGUCUGAGCUUAGGCCUCGGGUGCAGCAGCCCUGCGGUGGUGGUGGUGGUGGGUGUCGUUGGCGCAUUUCCACGCCAAGGACCUUUCCUUCCUGGCUUGCGGUUGUCGUCGUAUGGGGUGUGCGUAAGGAUGGAACUCUUGUAUUCUAGUACUGGUGACAUACUUUUGGGCAGUAACGCGUGUAGGGAAUGCUGAGCGUCGUUACGUGGCUGAUGACUGGACGUACACGUAUACCAACAACGCCCGCGCUGGGGUGGGUGCUUUGGGAGGAGUCUGGGGUUGUUACGUGCCUUGUGAGGCAGCUGUGGUGGUUGCUAUACAUAUUGUGGCCGCUGUGUUUACGUGUCGACUGUUUGUGAAGGAUGCUGGGUCGGUGACAUGCAAUUACAUCCAAAUUUGCCAAGCCAUUGUUUCCAAGACAGUUCAUUCCCCGGCGUGUCCAAAUGGCGUCAGACUCUUAGGCGUGUCCCGGUGCGCCCAAAGCAUUACUGGUAUACCGGCAUGGGGUUUUUCUUAUCCCAAUCUGCUGGGGGCGCUGAUAAUUUGCUGGUCGCAUGUCCACUUUGAAAAGGAGUGUGCGGAGGAAUCUGCUUCAUACGCCCGGCGACUGAUCUGGACAUGCCUGUGCUCAAUGUCAUAAUGAUGUGUGAACACCGCAUGUACUUCAAGGGUACGGCAAUUAUGCGACCUGGCAAUGUUACUGUACUUGCACCGAUGUCGGUAUCUAUGAUGGUGGUGGCGGCAUGGCUCUUGCCCCAUCAUGUAGCACCGCGAAAAGCGGUACACGAGACGGCAAGGAGCCCAACUCGCGGUUCAGGAUGCGACUGCCGUACGGAUUGUGUACUGCACCAUUGCACAG